UCGAAGACUUUUCGCAAGGGUUUUAGAGGUUUUAAGCAGCGAUGGGAAGCAUGUUCUCUUCCACCACAACAAGCCCUAGCGACAGUCCCAGCGCUGACUCGGCGAUUCCUAGCAAUUCUCAGAGGCCCGGAUCGCCGCCCAACUCAGAAAGCAGUAGAAUGUCCGAUUCUAAUUCUAAAACCCUAGACCCCAAAUCGGAAACCCCCGAAUCCAAUACUCUGGAAAACCCGCCUUCGGCCGAACCAUUGGAUCCCUCAAUCGACACCACCCGAACACCAAAAGAAGAGAAUGCCCAAGAAGAAUUGGAGCAAUCGGAGAAGGUAGUCUCUGAGAAUGAGGAAGAAGGCGAAGAAGAGGGAGAGUGUGGGUUCUGCUUGUUCAUGAAGGGGGGUGGGUGCAAGGAGAGCUUUAUAGCGUGGGAAAAUUGUGUGGAGGAGGCCGAGAAGAACAAGGAGGACUUGGUGGAGAAGUGCUCGGAGGUGACUGGGGCGUUGAAGAAGUGCAUGGAGGCUCAUGCCGACUACUACGAGCCGAUACUCAAGGCCGAGAAGAUGGCCGAGGAGGAGGCCGUGAAGGAAUUGGAGAUGGAGAAAGAGAAGGAGAAGGAAGCUUCUUCUGAGGGUUCGGACCAAAAUGCGGGUUCGGAUUCGAAGGUUUCGGAGCAGAGAGAGGCUUCUAAUUGACAAUUGAGACGAUUAGGUGCUUUUUCUUUUUUUUUUUAAUCAGUUUCAUUAGAAAUGAAAAUAUCGAUUUCUUGUACUUUUUGUUUCCAUUUCGCCGGUAUGAGCGGCGAUAAGAGAAUUAUUUCGGAGUUUUCUCCCCUUUUUAGAGACAAUUAGGAAAUCGUGAUGAAUGGAAGUGAUUGAGCUUCUAUCACUUUUUUUGGCUUCAGAAUAACAAAAGUGAAAAAAUUUAUGUAUGUUGCUACACUCAAAGUGCAAAGAUAUAAGAGAAAGGGUCUCUUGAAGUAUCA